GGAACUGUUGUUUUGUCAAUGCCGGUGAAGCACAAAGGAGGUGAAUUAUUUGUGCGUCACAAAGGGCAGGAACGCUGCUAUAAUUUGGACCCUGGACGGCUGACUGCCAAGUGUCAGUGGGCAGCUUUCUAUACUGAUGUUGAACAUGAAAUAAAGGAAAUUACCUCUGGACAUCGCAUUACACUGAUUUAUCAUCUGUACAGGUACAGGUCGCUCUUUUAAAAUAUUUAAUUUGAAAUGUGGUUGCUUAAGUAAUGGUCCGCUUAAAAAGCAGGCAGAAAAACAAUAGCUGUGGCAGUAGCGUCGGUUAUUUCUGUGGUGUUAAAUUUUUUAAUCAAGUUAAAUCUGGCUUUUUUCAUUGGCCUAAGGAGCUAAAAGCGCGAAAUUUGAAUUUUAAUGACAAAUUCAAUCGACUUGCAGUCCAAAGGAAAAACAAAUUUUAUUGUAGGCAAAAUACUAAUGGCUUCAAAAACUAUGUAUGUAAAUAUUGUCGAGAUUCUAUGCCCCAUUUAGCGUAAAAUUGAGGUUGUAUCUCAACAAGUGUAGCAGGACGUCGGACAGCGACCUGUCAUAAAAAAUAUACCGGUCGGGCUUUCAAGAUUCUGAUUGAACACAGGCUAGUCGCAGACCAAGCGCACGCGAUAUUUUGCCGUAUAAUUUGUAAUAUUUGUUUACCUAUGUAGCAUGGCUUCAUCAGGAAAACAAAAGUCUUGGGACCAGAAUUUUCAAGUCGGCCCAUCAGCAAAGUGAAGGGCUUAUGUUGUAAUCUUAUUUCGGUACAAUUUGUUCGCCAUCAAAUUAUGACUAGACAAGAACACUACUGUAUAAAUUAGUCUCUCUUUGAUCAUGAUUUAGUGAUUGAAAUAUAUCAAUUCAUUCUUUUCCUAUUUAGAAAAGCCAUCUCCUGAAAGUGUAUGGGAAAAACAACCUAUCCAAUAGCAAGUUAAGGCCCUGGACGCCUUAUAUGCUAUGGUUUGUCGACAAUGAAAUACUAUGAAAUUGAUUUGUAUACGAUAAGAACUCCGACAAACUGUAAUAUAUAGAUUUCAGAGAUAUAAGGUAAAGAUCUCUGCUUUAGAUCUCCAGAUUGUCGCCAGAGUAGAUUUCCUUGAUUGCCAAUCCAAUAUGGCGUCACGCUCGGUUCACCACAUUUUCGUCUCUUACUUUUGAUUGGCGCAUAGAACAAUGCUCAAACUUGACAGAGAGACCAAGAUAAAGGGCAUGGGUAAGAAUAAGUCCAAAAAAGGCUUUUUUUUUCUAUUUUUUCUCAGUUUUUUCCAAGAUUUUUUGUUAUUAGCCAAUCAGAUGCCUCAAUUUAAUUGAAAUUAAAAAUUAAUAGUUCACAGCUUUUAAUUACUUUUGCCGAUGGCUUGCCUGCUUCUUACACGGACCAUUACUUAAAGUUAUUGAUCAGUAAUUCAAAGAUGUUUCAGGGUUUUAUGGUGCAUUAACUUUUUGUAUUACUUUUGAGACCUUUUUGAAACAUGUAAAAUGUCUUUAUCACUAAUUUAAUUUAAAUGUAUAAAACAAGGACUUUGUUUUUACUUUUCACUGCUUCAGUUUCUUAGCUGUGUAAGAAAUUAUAUUAUUCUGACUGGCUAUAUGAGGGGGUUCUCCUUUGACAAUAUGAGGGGCAUUACUGCUAUUUCUUAAAAGUUGCUGUAUUUAUUGUAACAAUUUUUUUCACACCAAAUGCCAAGGGUUAGCUGAUUAUAGCUGACUCAUCAGUUUAAUAACCUUAUGCGAUUGUUGACUAGUGAUUUAAGAGUGCACGUGUUUCAGAGUAGAUAGGUAAAGUCUGCGUUCCAUCUAAGAGGCCCAUCAGGCUGGAGCUUAUCCGAUUUCAGUAGCAUGAAGCGAGUAGGAGUAUUUCUGCUCCUUCCUGGAUGGGGUGCUAGUCCAUUGCAGGGUGACCCCAGCAGUGAAUUUGCCGAUACCCAUUUAUACACCUGGGUGAAGAGAGGCACUGUGAGAGUAAAGUGUCUUACUUAAGAACACAACGCAGUGCCCUGGCUGAGGCUUGAACCUGGGCCGCUCAACCCGGAGUCCGGCGCACUGACCAUUAGGCCACCACAACUCCUGGGGAGAAACAGCAAAUAACUGUUAAUUAUUAUGAGCCCAGUACAAUCUAAUGGAAAACUUUACACUUAGGGGCUAUGGAUACAAACAUAAAUUAAUUUUAAAAUGUAAGUAAUUCACCUUUUAUUAAAGGUAACAUAUAAGAGUUAUACUUUUAUUAUUUUAUAGUGCAAAAAAAUCCAAGCUGGUAGCCCCUGUGUCUGGUGUUGAUUCACACCCUAUUAUCCAGAGCCUCAAGAAAGUACAAGAGUUUCUAGCAAAGAAUGAUGAUAAAAAGUACGAUAGAUUCUACAAUGCAGGGUAUCUUAUGGAGCACAAAUACACUCCAAAGUCUCUCCAACCAAAGGUACUGUCGUUAGAGUUCUUUGCACUCCAACCGUAGAGCUUUUUCACUCACCUGACAACCGGAUCUGGGGAGAAA